CACGCGCACACACGCGCACGAGCGCAGAGUUCCUCCGAACGGAAAGUGGUGUUGUCGGUGACCGGGAGCCACCGCAGCGCUCGGGUUUGUCUCGUGUCGGGUCGUGGGAGAUGCGCUGGCAGCAUGGCCAGAUGGUUCAAGGAGCACCUGGGUUUCAAAACCACCAAAGCCCCGCCACCGGCGCCUCCGAGACCGGACUACCGACACUUCCACACCGCCGUCCCAAGCCUCCAGCCGCAGCCGGGCACCGGGUUACUGUCCGCGCAGCCCGACAUCCUCACCGCAUACAAACUCCAGAAGGAGCUGGACUUCGAGGAUCCGUACACACCGGGCGGAACCGUGCCCUUCUGCACCGGACCGAGCUCCGCGGCGGAGGUGAAGUUCGUGUCCCCGAAGCACCGGCUGAUCAAGGUGGAGACUGCGGUCAGAGCUGAGCCCGAGGACGGCACGCAGGAGAAGCUCAUCAUCCUAGAGGACUAUGCUGACCCCUUUGAUGCAGCGGACCAGGCGGGCGGCACCCAGACAGUCACAGAAAAGCCAACGGAGAACGACGGCUACAUGGAGCCCUACGAAGCUCAGAAGAUGAUGGCUGAAAUCCGAGGUGGUCGCGCUCCUAAAGACGGUCCGGUCCGGCAGCUUCCUCUCUACGACACCCCGUACGAGCCGGAGGAGAACGGAGCAGAUCCAGACGGAUGUGUGUGUUCCCGUGAGAGCAGAUUACCGCAGGACGACGAGAGGCCACCGGAGGAGUACGACCAGCCCUGGGAGUGGAAGAAAGACCGCAUAUCCAAAGCCUUCGCAGCACUGCUCUGUUAUGACUGCAUUACUCGUGAGGACUCGAGCAGCGGAGCGUCCAGGAGAGAUGUCCACAUCUCUAGAUCCUCCUCAGUGGAGAUUAAGGUCAUUAAGGAUCUGCCGUGGCCUCCUCCGGUCGGGCAGCUGAACUCCAGUCCUCAGCUGAUGGAGGCUCCGUCCUCUCCAGGAGACCAGCUCCAGCACGUGCAGUUUGACGGCGUGGAGAAGGAUCUGAAGUGUGGUCCGCUGCAGCAGCACUCGAGCGGGAGGAUGAGCUCCAGCGAGCCGAGCGUGGGCGAGCGCAUCGACCCGGCCGUGCCCCUGGAGAGCCAGUUCUGGUAUCACGGAGCCAUCAGCCGCACGGACGCCGAAGCUCUGCUGCGCCUGUGUAAAGAGGCCAGUUACCUGGUGAGGAACAGCGAGACCUGUAAGAACGACUUCUCGCUCUCGCUCAAGAGCAGUCAAGGUUUCAUGCAUAUGAAGCUCUCCAGGACCAAAGACAAUAAGUACGUACUGGGUCAGAACGGCUGCCUGUUCGACAGCGUUCCUGAGAUCAUCCACUUCUACUCCAGCCGCAAACUACCAAUCAAAGGGGCCGAGCACAUGUCCUUGCUGUACCCCGUGGCCAUCCGGACACUAUAGAGGCAGAAGCGCUGCAGAAACAGGACGUUCGUUCAGCGUUUACAAGACAACGACAAACUAAAGUGCUACUGAGAUACCGAAGACAAUAAGGGAGACUCCUGGAAGCCUCAUUCAUGUCGUCUCGAGGGACACGGUUUCACUGGCCUUCAAAUGCCUUCUUCAUGAUUCCAGACCCGUUUUCUUCCCAUAAGUGGAUCUUUAGUCUUAGACCUGCACCCACACUUAAUCUCCACUGUUACACACUGUACAGAAACCUGAAAUGUCGCUCGGACUUUACUAUUUGGAUGUUUAUAGCUGCAAUUGACGUUCUUCAACAUUAAAUCGUCACAGUAAAUGAACAAAGACACUGAAUCGUACUGUAGCGAAACCUCAUCGUCUGGACUUUCUGUGACGGUAUUCGCAGUCAGUUGGUUUGGGUGAAUUAUUCAUUAUUAAACAUUAACUUUUCAGAUCAUACAGAAAAAUAAACCUCAGAAGACUGAAAUCGA